GUUUCAGUAGAUUUAACUAAUAAGUCUGAGAAUGGCUGUUCUUGCUUCUUGUUGGCUUGUCAUUGAAUCAAUAAUCAUCCCUCGUGGAUAUUUUCUCAGAUGGUUUUAUUUAAGUUUCUAUAUCCACCCUUUUUUCCUCUUGGUUUUCCAAAUUUUUCUGUGCCUCAAAUGGCUGCAAAGAUGCAUUUUGGCUUUGCUCGUUUAUCCUUUCAGAAUCAUUAGCUUUUUGGUGUCUCGUGUUCAUAAAUUUUGUAGAUAUUGUAUCUUCUUUAUCUUCUCUUUUAUCAGAGUUAAAGAGGAUGAUUCCAACGUAGAAGCUGAUGAUAAUUUUAGUCAACAUCAGCUCAUCAGGUUAAGUGUUUCUUCAAGCGUGCCAUCAAUUGAAUUGAGGACUGAAUCGGUUGAACCUCAAAGGUGUACAUUUAACGAUGCUAAUGGCUAUGAAGAUUUUAGCUUUCGUCUUCAAGAAGACUUGAGGGAAGACGAGUGUUCGUCAUUCUUCUGCAACUCUUCUCUGUCCAUGGAUGAAUCGUACUUGAACGAAUAUUCACCGUUGUUUAGUUACUCCAACUCACCGUUGUUUAGCUCAUCGAGCAACUCGCCGUUGAUGAAAGAACCUUCGUUACCGGCUCGUGGCUCGAGUUCUCGAGUUUCGGUGAGGGAAGUAAUAACUACACCAAUAGAAGAUGAUGAAUCAGAAGGAUUUUACCAGAAAUAUUCCGAAAGAAUGAGGUGGUUUGAUGUCCUGAACCAUGACAGGACUCAUGGAAUAAGUGCAAUCCUGAACAAAGAAAUUGGGAGUCCAUGCUCAUUGGACAACAUAGAGUUGAAGGAUUUGAGCAUGCCCUACAUAUCAUGGAGCAAAAAUGAUAAGAAGAAGCUUUUGAAGAGUGUAGAGAGUGAUUUUGAGCUAGUUUAUGUGGCUCAAUCUUGCUUGACAUGGGAGGCACUGCAUCAUCAAUACAGAAAAGUGAAGUUCCUGUGCUUCACCAACUGCUUGUUUGCUGAUAAUUUGGCCAAGGAUUUUGAAACCUUCCAAGUAUUGCUGGAAAGAUUCUUGGAUGAAGAGAAGUAUCUGUAUAGGGGAAAGAGAGCUUGGAAUUAUGUUCAAGCAAGACAUGCUUCCAACACCCUUCUUCAAGUUCCUAAAGUAACAGGAGAUAUGCAUUUAAAAGAAGGGUAA